CUUACUUGCUCAUUCUUCACUGACUUGUGGGACAACACUUCAGUUUUGGCAAUGGAUCAGAAGGAAUGAAGAGCACUUUUGCUCCCACCAAUGUUUCUUAGAGCUGCUAAAGCAGGACCAAUGAAGAUGUUCACCAGAUUGCAAGUCUUUGCGCUAGCUUUGUUUUCCAAAGGAGUUUUCCUUUCCCUAAGUGACCACAGCUUUGUAAGGAAAGAAAUUAAGAUAGAAGGAGACCUGGUCUUAGGGGGCUUAUUCCCAAUCAAUGAAAAAGGCACUGGGAUAGAAGAAUGUGGGAGAAUCAAUGAAGAUCGAGGCAUCCAGCGCUUGGAGGCCAUGUUGUUUGCCAUUGAUGCAAUCAACAGAGACAACUAUUUGCUGCCAGGAAUUAAACUUGGAGUUCACAUCUUGGACACAUGUUCCAGGGAUACAUAUGCCUUAGAACAGUCUUUGGAGUUUGUCAGGGCAUCUUUAACUAAAGUGGAUGAAACAGAAUAUAUGUGCCCAGAUGGCUCAUAUGCCAUUCAAGAGAAUUUACCAUUACUCAUCGCAGGAGUUAUAGGUGGUUCCUAUAGCAGCGUCUCCAUACAGGUGGCAAAUUUGCUCAGACUCUUCCAGAUCCCCCAGAUAAGUUAUGCCUCCACCAGUGCCAAGCUGAGUGACAAAUCCCGCUACGACUAUUUUGCAAGGACAGUGCCCCCUGACUUCUACCAAGCAAAAGCCAUGGCUGAAAUCUUACGGUUCUUCAACUGGACUUACGUGUCAACGGUUGCUUCAGAAGGAGACUAUGGGGAGACAGGGAUUGAAGCCUUUGAGCAGGAAGCUCGCCUCCGCAACAUCUGCAUUGCCACCUCUGAGAAAGUGGGACGGUCCAACAUCAGAAAGUCCUAUGAUGGUGUGAUCAGAGAGUUGCUGCAGAAACCCAAUGCCAGAGUGGUGGUGCUGUUCAUGCGAGGCGAUGACUCUCGGGAGCUCAUUGCAGCUGCCAAUCGCUUUAAUGUUUCCUUCACCUGGAUUGCCAGUGAUGGAUGGGGAGCACAAGAGAGUAUUGUCAAAGGUAAUGAGCAUAUAGCCUCUGGGGCAAUAACCUUGGAGCUUGCUUCCCAUCCAGUUAAAGAGUUUGACAGGUAUUUCCAAAGCCUCAGUCCAUACAAUAACAGACGAAACCCCUGGUUCAAGGACUUUUGGGAGCAAAAAUUCCAGUGUAAUCUCCAGAAUCGAAAGCCCCACAAAAAAACUUGUGACAAGCACUUCACCAUCAACAGUUCCAAUUAUGAGCAAGAAUCCAAGAUCAUGUUUGUUGUGAAUGCUGUGUAUGCGAUGGCCCAUGCUUUGCAUAAAAUGCAGCGGACUCUGUGUCCAAACACCACCAAACUGUGUGAUGCUAUGAAACAUCUGGAUGGCAAGAAGCUGUACAAAGAUUAUCUCCUGAAAGUAAACUUUACAGCUCCAUUCAAUCCUCCCAAUGUGGCAGACAGCACAGUCAAGUUUGAUGCCUAUGGAGAUGGGAUAGGUCGUUACAAUGUGUUUAAUUUCCAAUACACUGGAGACAGAUACUCCUACGUGAAGGUUGGUCACUGGGCAGAAACCCUGUCACUUGAGGUAGACUCCAUCCACUGGUCGAAGAGCUCUAUCCCUGUCUCCCAGUGCAGUGACCCCUGUGCUCCCAAUGAGAUGAAGAAUAUGCAACCAGGAGAUGUCUGCUGUUGGAUUUGUAUUCCCUGUGAAACAUACGAGUACCUGGCUGAUGAAUUUACUUGUGCAGACUGUGGGCCAGGAAAAUGGCCCACGGCUGACCUGACUGGCUGCUAUGACCUACCAGAAGACUACAUCAAAUGGGAAGAUGCUUGGGCAAUAGGUCCUGUUACCAUUGCAUGCAUGGGCUUUAUUUGUACUUUUUUGGUCAUUGCAGUGUUUAUCAAGCACAACAAUACUCCCCUAGUUAAAGCCUCUGGCCGUGAACUAUGCUACAUAUUGCUCUUUGGGGUCUUCCUGUCUUACAGCAUGACAUUCUUCUUCAUAGCCAAGCCUUCUCCAGCUAUCUGCACCUUGCGUCGUUUGGGGCUAGGAAGUUCCUUUGCUGUCUGCUAUUCUGCCCUCCUGACAAAAACAAACUGCAUAGCUAGAAUAUUUGAUGGCGUAAAGAACGGUGCUCAAAGGCCUAAGUUCAUCAGCCCCAGCUCUCAGGUCUUCAUAUGCCUGAGUCUCAUUUUGGUACAGAUUGUGAUGGUGUCCGUGUGGCUCAUCUUGGAGGCCCCUGGCACCAGGAGGUACACUCUUCCUGAGAAGAGAGAGACUGUCAUAUUGAAAUGCAAUGUUAAAGAUUCCAGUAUGUUAAUCUCCUUAACAUAUGAUGUAAUCCUCGUAGUCUUAUGUACUGUGUAUGCCUUCAAAACAAGGAAAUGCCCAGAGAACUUCAACGAGGCCAAGUUUAUCGGUUUCACAAUGUACACAACGUGCAUCAUUUGGCUGGCCUUUCUCCCCAUAUUUUAUGUGACAUCCAGUGACUACAGAGUGCAGACCACCACUAUGUGCAUCUCCGUGAGUCUGAGCGGCUUCGUGGUGCUGGGCUGCCUCUUCGCACCCAAGGUGCACAUCAUCCUCUUCCAACCCCAGAAGAACGUGGUCACUCACAGACUCCAUCUCAACAGGUUCAGUGUCAGUGGAACUGGGACCACAUACUCCCAGUCAUCUGCCAGUAUGUAUGUACCAACGGUCUGCAAUGGAAGGGAAGUCCUGGACUCCACCACCUCAUCUCUGUGA